AUGGGGUCGAAUGGCAUCAUGAGAGCUCCAGCACCUCACCUAGCUGCAUGUUAUAUGCCAGCAACAGCUGGAGAGAGACACCAAUCAACACUGGUAACGCAGGACGCCAUGGUGAACACCAUAGGUGGCUUUGCACCCUCACAUUCAGGUCCAGCCAGGGCUAUGGUUGCUCUCCAUGAUCUGCCCAUCAAGAUGGAGCCAGCGGAUGACAAUCCACUGACUUAUGGUAAUAAUGCAAUUCCUCUGGCCAUUGGUGUGAUGGACACUGCUGCCGCAACCUCUUCUGCCACAUCCAUUCGUGAGCCUGACGUGAUGGGCAUCGGAGACUGCAAAGCAUCUGCGUUCUACCCAUGGUGUCCUCCUGGUUUGAAGCCGGACGAUGGCUCGCCAAGCUCUUCAAGACAGGCACAGGAGUUACAGGAUGGAAGCAACCAAGAGGAGCAAGGUGUCAAGCCACUGCUGAAUCUGUUCAAGCCAUAG